CACUACAUAUCCAACACAUGCAGCUGCCAAGUGGGUGAUUUAUUUAGCUAUUUGUUCAUGAGUGGGAAUCUUAGGCUAUAAAAUGAGUUGUCUGAUGUGAAGUUGUUAUUCGUAUCUAGAAACACCAUGAGUCGUCGUCUCAGGCUGGGUGCUCUGAUCUUGCUGGCAUGUUGCAUGUCUACAGGAGCAGAGACGACAGACAUCUGUGAAGCUCAGCAGGCCACCCUGAACUGUGGGAGAUCUGUGAUCAACGUGGUCAGUGCUAACUAUGGACGCACAGACAGUGUGACCUGCAUCUCUGGUCGUCCAGCCAAUCAGAUUAGCAAGACCGACUGCAUCAACCCCAAAACCUUCCAGUUGGUGGCUAGCAUGUGCAAUGGAAAGACAAGCUGUUCCCUGGUUGCCUCCAACUCUGUGUUCUCUGAUCCAUGUUUUGGAACCUACAAAUACCUGAAAGUUACCUACACCUGCAUUCCCCCAAUUUCAGAGACGACAGACAUCUGUGAAGCUCAGCAGGCCACCCUGAACUGUGGGAGUUCUCUGAUCAACGUGGUCAGGGCUAACUAUGGACGCACAGACAGUGUGACCUGCAUCUCUGGUCGUCCAGCCAAUCAGAUUAGCAAGACCGACUGCAUCAACCCCAAAACCUUCCCGUUGGUGGCUAGCAUGUGCAAUGGAAAGACAAGCUGUUCCCCGGUUGCCUCCCACUCUGUGUUCUCUGAUCCCUGUAUUGGAACCUACAAAUACCUGAAUGUCACCUACACCUGCAUUCCCCCAAUGACGACAGUCAUCUGUGAAGGUCAGACGACCUCCCUAAACUGUGGGAGUUCUCUGAUCAAGGUGGUCAGUGCUAACUAUGGACGCACAGACAGUGUGACCUGCAUAUCUGGUCAUCCAGCCAAUCAGAUUCGCAAGACCGACUGCAUCUUUUCCACAACCUUCCAGAUGGUGGCUACCAUAUGCAAUGGAAAGACAAGCUGUUCUCUGGAUGCCUCCAACUCUGUGUUCUCUGAUCCCUCCAACUCUGUGUUCUCUGAUCCCUGUCCUGGAACCUACAAAUACCUGGAUGUGACCUACAUCUGCGUUCCCACAAUGAGUAUUGUUGCGUAGAAGGAGAGCUCCAUCCCUGGAACAGACUUGACCCGGGGGUGAACCUGUUUCAAGGACGAAGACUAAUUCAACAUUGAAUAAAUUCCUCCAUUCACUUGUA